CACUGGAUGCAUCGGUACAUGAUUGUCCGUGCGAAUAGCAACGCCUGGCAAACAUGCUAAAAAGCUCGACGUUUGUAAAAAGGAGCGUGAUUUGACAGUGGAUUCGCGCAUGCGUUUGCAACAUUGAAUAUUGAAUUUCAUUUGUUGAAAGCUAAUGAAAACUUGGAAUAAUAGGCGUGACCUUGGAUGUGUCGAAAUUUGGAUUAUUGAUUGUGUCGUGAGGAGUUGAAUGUAAAGGAAAGUCGAUUUCAGUGAGGUACUCAAAGGAGGAGAAGCAUGAAUAGUGCUAAUCAGGCGGCAGAUGACAGACAGCCUCAGAGGAAGACAGCACAGCCCACGGCAACAUAUUGACCGUUCUGUACCCAAGCCGAUUCCUCCGUGACACAACCAAGAGAAGCCCAUCUCGAUCAUACUUCGGUUUCCUAUAUAUUGCCUUUUAGAAUCCAAUAGUUUAUAAUAGGCUGCAUCUGUCGUUGAUGCGUGUGGUAGCUAUAGGUACUUAGUUAGUAAUGGACUGAUUCCUCGCCCUCGGUUCUUGGAGAUUGCUUUCUUAUUUCUCAUUAUUGGGAGCGUCAAAUUGCAUCACUGCUCACGGGUACAUACACGGGUGGGUGAUUCAUAAUCACUUGAAAAGACAACAUUCCGGAUUUCUAUUUUUUUGUAUUUGGUCAAUCAGCGCGAUCUACAGGAUAUUCUUUAGGAAUAUUAGCGUGAAAUCAUUAUGAUGCUCUGAUUAGAUGGAUAUUGUCGCUUAUUCUAGCGUGGAGUGUUCAAAGUUCGCAAAAGGGAUUGUCUAUGAUAUUCUCAAGAGAUUUGAAUAGUAAAAAAAAUGUUGUGAACGUUUGAGCAAGGUUCUUAUGACGACAUCAAUAUUAUCAUAGCCGCCUGUAUUUGAUCUCGGAGACUUCAUAAGAUAGAGAAUGGCGAGCUUUAAAGCAUCAAUGAUGGUGGAGUGCGAAAAUGCACCACAGCGAAACUGUCACCGGCUGGUCAUCCUUGGGUCAGCAAAAGUGGGCAAGACUGCCAUCGUGCAAAGAUUCCUUUACAAUCGAUAUGACGAUAACUAUACACCAACCAUUGAGGAUUUUCAUCGAAAAAUAUAUCGGAUACGUGGUGAACCGUACAGACUGGACAUUCUGGAUACUUCCGGUAACCAUCCAUUUCCGGCCAUGCGCAGACUAUCAUUUUUAACAGGUGACCUGUUUAUUCUCGUGUUCGGCAUCGACAGCAGGGAAUCCUUUGACGAAGUGCUACGGCUACGACUGCAGAUUUUGGAGAGCAAAGGAGGACCCAAUGUGGGAAUGAAGAAGAUCGCCAGUAAACCAGUGCCUAUGGUCAUCGUGGGGAAUAAAGCGGACAAAGCAGAGAAGGAGAGACAAGUGGAAAGUGAUGAAGUUAAAACCAUGUUCGAGUCAGAACAUUCGUGUUGCUAUCUCGAGGUAUCCGCCAAGAAAAACUUGAAUAUCAAUGAUAUUUUUGUGAAUUUAUUCCGAUUAGCGCAACUUCCUACAGAAAUGAGUCCAUCUCUGCAUAGAAAGGUCCAGCCGAAUUAUGUUAGUGCGAGCGGGUCUGGAUCGACCCGCAGGGUGACGAUACGCAGGAGGUUAAGUGAUGCCUGUGGUGCUAUCGCCCCGAACGCCAGACGCCCCAGCCUCAGGACAGAUCUUAUGGCGUUGGACGACAAAGACAGCCAGAGUGUGUCCAGUAAGGAUGUGGGGAGGAGAGAUUCUAUUAAGUGUAUGAUUCAGUAGGUCUGCAGAGAAUGCAAUAUAAUUCCGAAAAUGAAGUCAAACGUGUCUAUACAGAAUUUGGUUUAUCAGUUAUGAAUAUACGUUUUCUUGAGGACGUGGUCAUAGAAUAUCGUCUUCUUGAUGAAAAUGCACUGAUCGCAAACAAGGUUUUUGAAUACAAAGAAUGAUGCUGACGUGGUCAAAGGAGAACACUAUGACUAUAACAAAUGCACUGUCAUAUUCAAACGAAGUAGGUAUGUUCAACUUUCAAAUGUUGCAUCUCUUGGUAUUCAGCUAUGUGGCUCUGAUGUGAAUUGUCUGUCAUAGAGUAAUUGCAGUGGAAACAUAAAGACUGGCGACAUUAUGAUGACAAAAUAAUUAGGAUGGUUAGUAAGAGUAAAUGUCAGUAAUAGCAACAAAGAUUUAGAACAAAAGGAAGAAUGUGCUUUGCGAUGGUAAUUUAUUUAAAUCGUCGCUUUGGCUUCGAGGAACUGGGAAGUUAAGAAUAUACAUGUUGGUCAACAAAUUUUGAUAUGGGAAUAUUUAGUAUUUUAUAAGAAAAUUUGAAAGCGUAGCAAAACGAGUGAGCUGGAAAUGUGGUUGACGUUGUGAAAUUUGUUUAAUCUGCAUGGUCACGGGUGAAUACAAUUGUUUUAGAAUAGAAUCCUGUGCGCUACCCUUCGUUUUUGUUUAAACCUUCAUGCAACUGUUCCUUAAGGAUUAUCAGCAGUCUGGCGAAAAUCAAAGGGUGCAUCCAUAAUGUGCAUCGUGCAUACGAAUGCCCAUAUUAUAUAUUUUUAGAGGGUGUAAUAAUUUCCUUUGAUUGUACCUUUCCUCCUCUUGUAUCACCAUCUUCUCUAUGUUCCUUCUUUCCCGUUAUUGUCCCCGCUAUGCACCGAACUUGAUUGUAUUUUAAUAGGCGUCCUAAGUGACCAAUAAGUAAUGUUUCCAUAUUUUAGUUUCAAGAGAGGAAAUGGUGUAAACGUUUUAACUGUUGAUGAAAGGAUCAGUGCUCUCUUCACUGAGGGCAGAAUUUUGUAACAGAGAUAUUUGUUAAACUCUGGAAAUACA